GCGCGGACGGGGUCGCGCGCCGGGCAGUUCGCGCGGGAGCCUGGCGCCGCGGCCCCGGGGGCUGCGCGUCGCUGGGAACGGAAGCCGCUGCGGGGCGCGGAAGAAGCCAGGAUGGCGACUUCGAGCAGGAAGACGCCGACCUCAACCCCCCUGGCUUCCAAGCGAGCUCUGCCGAGAGAUCCUUCGUCGGAGGUGCCGAGCAAGAGGAAGAAUUCUGCCCCGCAGCCAUCGCUCCUGCAGUCGGCCGGGCCUUUCGUGGAAGGCUCUAUCGUCCGCAUCUCCAUGGAGAACUUCCUAACAUAUGAUGUCUGCGAAGUAUCUCCUGGACCCCACUUAAAUAUGAUUAUUGGAGCUAAUGGAACAGGAAAGUCGAGUAUUGUGUGUGCCAUUUGCCUUGGAUUAGCAGGCAAACCUGCUUUCAUGGGACGGGCAGAUAAGGUUGGGUUUUUUGUGAAGAGAGGAUGUUCCAGAGGCAUGGUUGAAAUUGAAUUGUUCAGGGCUUCUGGAAAUCUUGUAAUCACUCGUGAGAUUGAUGUGGCAAAAAAUCAAUCCUUUUGGUUCAUCAACAAAAAAUCUACAACCCAAAAAAUAGUAGAAGAGCAAGUUGCAGCCUUGAAUAUCCAAGUGGGCAAUCUUUGCCAGUUCUUACCUCAGGACAAAGUUGGAGAAUUUGCUAAACUCAGCAAAAUUGAACUCCUUGAAGCUACUGAGAAGUCAAUUGGUCCUCCAGAAAUGCACAGGUAUCACUGUGAGCUCAAAAACUUCAGAGAAAAAGAAAAACAACUAGAGACUUCUUGCAAAGAGAAGACUGAGUAUCUAGAGAAGAUGAUUCAGAGGAAUGAAAGAUACAAACAAGAUGUGGAAAGAUUUUAUGAACGAAAGCGCCAUUUAGAUUUAAUUGAGAUGCUUGAAGCAAAACGGCCCUGGGUGGAAUAUGAAAAUGUUCGUCAGGAAUAUGAAGAAGUGAAACAAGCUCGUGAUCGAGUGAAGGAAGAGGUCAGAAAACUUAAAGAAGGGCAGAUUCCUAUGACACGUCGAAUGGAAGAAAUUGAAAAGCAGCGUCAUGUUUUGGAGGCUCAGAUCAAAGAAAAGGCAACAGAUAUUAAGGAAACAUCUCAAAAAUGCAAACAAAAGCAAGAUAUUAUAGAAAGGAAAGAUAAACAUAUUGAGGAACUUCAGCAGGCUUUAAUAGUAAAACAAAACGAAGAGCAUGACCGACAGAGGAGAAUAAGUAAUACUCGCAAAAUGAUAGAGGAUUUGCAAAAUGAACUGAAGACCGCUGAAAAUUGUGAAAAUCUUCAGCCCCAGAUUGAUGCCAUUACAAAUGAUCUUAGGCGAGUUCAAGAUGAAAAGGCAUUAUGUGAAGGCGAGAUCAUUGAUAAGCGAAGAGAGAGGGAAACUCUAGAAAAGGAGAAAAAGAAUGUGGAUGAUCAUAUUGUACGUUUUGAUAAUCUUAUGAAUCAAAAGGAAGAUAAGCUGAGACAGAGAUACCGUGACACCUAUGAUGCUGUUUUAUGGCUAAGAAAUAACAGAGACAAAUUUAAGCAAAGAGUCUGUGAGCCCAUCAUGCUCACGAUCAAUAUGAAAGAUAAUAAAAAUGCCAAGUAUAUUGAGAAUCAUAUUCCAUCAAAUGACUUGAGAGCCUUUGUAUUUGAAAGUCAGGAAGACAUGGAAGUUUUCCUCAAAGAGGUUCGUGACAAUAAAAAAUUAAGGGUAAAUGCUGUUAUUGCUCCCAAGAAUUCAUAUGCAGCCAAAGCACCUUCAAGAUCUCUAAAUGAACUGAAACAGUAUGGCUUUUUCUCUUAUUUGCGAGAAUUGUUUGAUGCACCUGAUCCAGUGAUGAGCUACCUGUGCUGCCAGUAUCAUAUUCAUGAAGUUCCAGUAGGAACUGAAAGGACCAGAGAAAGAAUUGAGCGGGUAAUACAAGAAACUCGAUUAAAACAAAUUUAUACAGCAGAAGAAAAGUAUGUGGUGAAAACUUCUUUUUAUUCAAACAAACUUAUUUCUAGUAAUACAUCCCUAAAAGUGGCCCAGUUUCUCACUGUCACUGUGGAUCUAGAGCAAAGAAGACAUUUGGAAGAACAGCUAAAGGAAAUUAAUAGAAAAUUACAGUUGGUGGAAUCAGGAUUGAGUACCUUACGUGAGACAAACAAGCAUCUGGAACACAAAGACAAUGAACUUAGACAAAAGAAGAAGGAGCUGCUUGAAAGAAAAACCAGAAAAAGACAACUGGAACAAAAAAUCAGUUCCAAACUGGGAAGCUUAAAGCUGAUGGAGCAGGAUACUUGCAACCUUGAAGAGGAAGAAAGAAAAGCAGCUACCAAAAUCAAAGAAAUAAAUGUUCAAAAAGCAAAACUUGUUACCGAAUUAACAAACCUAGUAAAGAUUUGUACUUCUUUGCAUAUACAAAAAGUUGAUUUAAUUCUUCAAAAUACUACAGUGAUCUCUGAGAAGAACAAAUUAGAAUCAGAUUAUAUGGCUGCAUCUUCACAACUACGUGUCACUGAGCAACAUUUCGUUGAGUUGGAUGAAAAUAGACAGAGAUUAUUGCAGAAAUGCAAGGAACUUAUGAAGAGAGCUAGGCAAGUAUGUAACCUGGGUGCAGAGCAGACUGUUCCUCAAGAAUAUCAGACACAAGUACCUACCAUUCCAAAUGGACACAACUCCUCACCCCCCAUGGCUUUCCAAGAUCUUCCAAACACAUUGGAUGAAAUUGAUGCAUUAUUAACUGAAGAAAGAUCAAGAGCUUCCUGCUUCACAGGACUGAAUCCUACAGUGGUUGAAGAAUACACAAAAAGAGAAGAAGAAAUAGAGCAGUUAACUAAGGAACUAAAGGGAAAGAGAAUUGAACUAGAUAAAUAUAGGGAAAACAUUUCACAGGUAAAAGAAAGGUGGCUUAAUCCUUUAAAAGAACUAGUAGAAAAAAUUAAUGAAAAAUUCAGUAAUUUUUUUAGUUCCAUGCAAUGUGCUGGUGAAGUGGAUCUCCAUACAGAAAAUGAGGAAGACUAUGAUAAAUACGGAAUUCGAAUUAGAGUGAAAUUUCGCAGCAGUACUCAACUGCAUGAAUUAACUCCUCAUCAUCAAAGUGGAGGUGAACGAAGUGUUUCUACUAUGUUAUACUUGAUGGCACUUCAGGAGCUGAACAGAUGUCCAUUCAGAGUAGUCGAUGAAAUCAACCAGGGAAUGGACCCCAUCAAUGAACGGAGAGUGUUUGAAAUGGUUGUAAAUACUGCCUGUAAAGAAAAUACAUCUCAAUACUUCUUUAUUACACCAAAGCUCCUGCAAAAUCUUCCUUAUUCUGAAAAGAUGACUGUGUUGUUUGUCUAUAAUGGGCCACAUAUGCUGGAACCAAACAGAUGGAAUUUAAAGGCUUUCCAAAGGCGGCGGCGCCGGAUUACAUUCACUCAGCCUGCUCAAUAAGAAGUGAAGGGAGGGAACUUUGGAGUGUUUCUGUUAAGUUCUAUUUGUAACGAUGGCUCAACUGAAUAAAAGUGAGGCGAUUUGAUAAAAGUGAAAGAUCGGUUAUUUUUGGAAACCUGCUUUUAAGUACAAAUAGAUUGAUGAAAUGGAGACCAUGACUUCUUUCUCUGGAACAUCAUCUAGCAGUAAAAAUUCUUCAGCUUUGGUUGAAUCUGAGUUCUUAGCACUCUGUGAGUCAUUGGGUUCCCAUAUUAAAAAUAUUUAUUAUUGCAAAUCAAAGGUAUGAUGAAGGGGAUAUCAGUCACAAGGAUUUUACUCGCCAUGGUAGCCCUGAGCUUUACUUGAAGACUAAUUCCAAUAACCUUUAGACCCUAAUGACUCUGUAGCUUAAGUCCUUGUUUUCUCCCAGUGUUAGAUCUAAAUUUAAAUUAUUGAUAUGAGCAUGUCUAGUGUAAUAAUUUAUGGCAAAUCUAAUCAACUCUUCCUGUUAAGAAAGAUGAACUUAUCUGCACUAGGAAAUGGAAUUUUAUGGAUCUUUACAAAAAGUUUUAUGAAACUUGAUGCUGUAAUUAUUUUGGUUUUUCAAAGGGGGAAAAAAAAAACACUAGGGUUCAAAAAUGGUAGCAGGACUUCCUUGAAAUGCCACAAGGUGGCCACUAGAUGAUGCAAAAAUGCAACCAAAAGAUGGACAGAGAAUAAAAUCAGGUGACAAGGGUUUUUAAAGAAUAACCUUGUAAAGUGUGGGUGGGAUUUUUGUUUUAUUUUUAAUUUAAAGUCAAUUGUAUUUUACAUGUUCAAUUUCUAAAAGCAUUUUUAUAAUUAUUUUUAGUAGGGUUUUUCUUAAGAUUUCAUAUACUGGUUUCUACAAUUUAUAUUUGAAAUUUCUCAGUGCUGUUUAAAGAGUUAGGGGAAAGCAUCGAUUUAUUUAAAACCAUAAUGUUUUUAGAACUGAAGCUUCUAGGUCCUUUUCCUUACAUUGUUGAUCUACCUGUUUUAUUAGAAUAUCUUGUUUGGACUGUUUCCUUUCAGCUUCACAUUUGAAUAAGAAAAAUCAUUUGUUUAAGUUAUUCUAAUCAACAGUGCCAAACAAAUUAUAUUCUUUUAAAAAAUAAAUGUCUUUGAACAAAGAAUUGGAUCUGUGCUUUUUGACUUUAUAGCCUGAAUAAAAUGAAGAACCGCAUUCAGUUCAGGUUUUGUGUAUUUUUAAAUAGCCAUUGAAAUUUAUAUUCUUAUUAGGUCAAAAAAUAGUGAACAGUAUGCUUAUGUUUUCUCACUUGGACAUUUUCUUUUUAAAGAAGUAUUUUUUCCUUUAUAAAAAUUUUAAAAGAACCUUCCUUUCUUGAACUAAGUAUAAUGCAUGAAGUAUGAAAAUAUUUUUAAAUCACCUUUUUAUCUUGUGUAAACAAGUCAUGUAAAUAUUGAAAAACUUGGUAACAUACUAGUAAAUGAAUGUUACCAAAUGUUUUUGUUAAUUUUUUUUCCACCAAAAUAUCUUUUGGAUUAUGUGCUUGGUGUAGUUUGUUUAUUACUAAGUCAUCUUACUUCUGCAAAAUGAAUAUCAAUGUGAAAAAUAAACUGGAAGAUUAAGCAUGUUUGAAAAUAAAAUGGUCAGUCACAUUUCAGUUUACAUAUGCCACCAGUUAUUCCAUACCUUGUUUGUAAGCAUUUAUAUUUUGCUACUAGACAAAGUUAACGAUCUGGUUUUACAUUGAAUUUUGAGCUACAGGGAUAAAUUAUGUAUCAUUUUAACAUUAAAGAAUAAAUCUAACAGUAUAGGUUCAGCCACUUAAAGUUCAUAUUUUUGCAAAUGUUGAUUUUUAAUUACAAACGAAUUGUAAAAACUUCCAGAUGAAAGCCUGAUUUGAUGAAUAACACAGUAUUUAAAACAUUAAGGUAGGUAACAAGCAGUUUUGAUGACUAAAUCUUCAUUGAAUUGCCUAAGGAGAAUCUCUUUUGAAAGGUUUUCCAUAUUCAAAGUAAAAGGGAAGAUUUCUUGCUGCUUUCUAAGUGUUUUUAGAUACAUGUCUGUUUCCUUUGGAGUGUGAACCUUUAGUAUGUGAAAAAUGUAACUUCAUCUUGUGUGUAUGUAUGUGUGUAGUUGAAAAAGCUCUUUGUGGAAAAUGCUACUUUGUUGGUAAUAAAUACUUAUUUUCAUA